CAGUGAGCGGCGUAAAGCGGAAGUGGAGCGGCUCAGUUGAAAAUCCACGUUUUUCAAUUUUUCGGUUUUUCAGCCUCAAAACAGGAAAACAAGAAAACACCCACCGGAGAGAACAUGCCGAAGAACAAAGGUAAGGGAGGUAAAAAUCGAAGACGUGGAAAGAACGAAAACGAGUCGGAGAAGAGAGAACUGGUAUUCAAGGAGGAUGGCCAGGAAUACGCUCAGGUGAUCAAGAUGUUGGGAAAUGGGCGGCUGGAGGCCAUGUGCUUCGAUGGAGUGAAGAGAUUGUGCCACAUCCGAGGAAAACUCCGGAAAAAGGUGUGGAUCAACACAUCUGACAUCAUCCUGGUGGGGCUGAGAGAUUACCAGGAUAAUAAAGCGGAUGUUAUUCUGAAGUAUAAUGCUGAUGAAGCCAGGAGCCUGAAGGCUUACGGGGAGCUUCCAGAGCACGCUAAAAUCAACGAGACCGACACGUUCGGAGCUGGCGACGACGACGAGAUCCAGUUUGAUGACAUCGGAGACGACGAUGACGACAUUGACGACAUCUGAUGGCCUGCGGAGUUGGGACUGCUGCUGGCCUGCUGUUUAUUCUGAGAGGACUGUAGUGGACGCUGAUUGAUCGAUUAAUUCUUACUGAUGGAGGGAGACUCUGUUUCACCUUCCCUUUUACUGAUAAAUCCACUUAAACUUCCCCUCGACUCUUUUUACAGCUUUUGCUGAAACACCUGGCUCACUACAGAACUGCUCGUGACUGCUGAAUCAUCAGUAAUACACACACAACCAUGUUUUUGUCAUAGGUUUAAUGUAUUUAUAUUUUAUUUCACCAUAUGUGGUGGAAUUUGACUCAAAUACAGGAAAACAGGAUUUACAAUAAAAGAUUUAAACCCCUU